UCUACCCCUUGUUCUUCAGCCUCUUUUUUCGCACUUCAGUCACUCACACCCGAGUCUCACACACUCCUGCCGCUACACUCGCGCGACACGCUGCCCGUGUUCAGCUAUCACACUUCCACUUGCGUUUCACUAAGCGCCGCGGGAAACAAUGGGAACGGAGCCGCUUUGUGUCGGACAGAGACUGACGCGCUUCUCUGUGUUUGUUUAGGACUUUCUGCUGAUAGACUCAUAGCUAUAUUCAGGAUCCCAUUAUCACGCUUUAACACAAUGGGCUGCUGCAGUGGACGGUGCACCCUUAUAUUUCUCUGCACGUUUCAGUUGAUGGUGGCAUUAGAGAGGCAGGUGUUUGAUUUCUUGGGCUAUCAGUGGGCUCCUAUCCUUGCUAACUUCUUCCACAUCCUGGUUGUCAUCCUGGGCCUGUUUGGCACCAUUCAGUACAGACCUCGCUACAUAGUGGUGUAUACGGUGUGGACAGCAUUGUGGGUGGCCUGGAACGUCUUUAUCAUCUGCUUCUACCUGGAGGUUGGAGGUCUGUCGAAGGACAGCGACCUCUUGACCUUUAACAUCUCGGCACACCACUCCUGGUGGAGCGAGCACGGGCCGGGAUGUAUCCGAAGAGAGAUCCCUGCCAGUGGAGAGCGCAGUGCGGAUACACAAUCCUAUAUAUCCAUCAUGGGCUGCCUGCUGGAGUACCAGUACAUAGAAGUCCUCCACAGUGGCUUCCAAAUCCUUAUCUCUCUGCUGGGUUUCAUCUACGCCUGCUACGUCAUCAGUGUCAUCACAGAGGAGGAGGACAGCUUUGAUUUUAUUGGUGGAUUUGACCCAUUCCCACUCUACCAUGUCAAUGAGAAACCAUCUCAUCUUCUGUUAAAGCCCGUGCAUCAGUCUUCGUAAAUGAAAGCGUGUCCUGAAGAGGAGCCGUUCUGCCCAUUCCUCCUCUCUGCCUCUCCUCUGUUUAAAACACCUGCCUAAUUCAUCCUAAAUCAGCCCAUUCUGGUUUGGAAGAAGUGUUGAAGAUUCACAGCUCUGGACAAAACACAGUCGCUCCAUCAGAUGCUCUGGAAAAUUGUUCCAGCCGCCUCAUUUAGGCGCUCUUACAAGUGGCUGUAAAGCAUAUCUAAACAAAAAGGUCCUGUAUUUUGACCGGUGUUGUGUGUGGUCCGUGCAUUGAGUUAUUUGGUGGGAGUUCAGAUGUUGAGGUUCACAGAGUUCCAGGUCUGUUUGUGUAUGUGAGGAGGGCCAUUGUGUGCUGCUGUUUACCUUCACACAGGAUUUGCACAGUAAAACAGAGGAGGGAGCCGAGAGGAGGACAGAGGGUGUGGCCGGAAAAUAUAAGACAAAGCGAGCUAAACUCCAGUGGUAGUCAAAAAUAGAAGCAAAGGAAGCAUAAAAUAUAAAUACAAGAAAGAAUUAGAGCUGUUCUGAAAGUUGUUUUAUGUCAUAGUGUGAUGUAUGAUUCUCAUGGUUCACUGUCAGAUUCAGUUUUAGUUUUUUGCUCUAGUUUUAUUCAAUGAUCCCAAAAUAACUGUAUUUAGACACUCAAAUCAUACUAAACAAUGUAUGAAUGUCAUGACAUUAGAUCAAAUAUAGGUUAUACACACUUCAGAGGGUUCAGAGGGAUUCUGUAUAGAACACCAGGGUUCUUGACUCAAUAUUAAACAACCCUUUAUGCCAGAGAGGUUCCAUAUCACUCUUAAAAAUAAAGGUUCUUUAUAGAACUUAAAAAAAAAAAAAAAAAAAAACUUUUCCAUUCCACAAAAAUGUUCCAGUGGCAUGAGCCUCAGUAACGCGGGUUACGUAAUCAGAUUACUUUUUUCAAGUAACUAGUAAAAUAACAUAUUACUUCUGAUUUUACUUUUUCAAAUAAGUAAUGCAAGGGAACGCGGUUUCACCUCCGUAACGCGGGUUAUGUAAUCGGAUUACUUUUUUCAAGUAACUAGUAAAGUAACACAUUACUUCUGAUUUUACUUUUUCAAGUAACACAAGGGAACGCGAUUUUGCCUCAGUAACGUGGAUUACAUAAUCAGACUACUUUUUUCAAAUAGUAAAGUAACACAUUACUUCUGAUUUACGUUUUCAAACAAGUAACGCAAGGGAAUGCGGUUUCGCCUCAGUAACACAGGUUACGUAAUCGGAUUACUUUUUUCAAGUAACUAGUAAAGUAACACAUUACUUUUGAGUUACUUUUUCAAACAAGUAAGGCAAAGGAACUCAAUUUCACCUCAGUAACGUGGGUUACGAAUCAGAUUACUUUUUUCAAGUAACUAGUAAAGUAACACAUUACUUCUGAGUUACUUUUUCAAAUAAGGCAAGGGAACGCGGUUUCGCCUCAGUAACGCGGGUUACGUAAUCAGAUUAUUUUUUUUGAAGUGACUAGUAAAGUAACAUUACUUUUUCAAAUAAAGCAAGGGAACGCAGUUUCGCCUCAGUAACGCGGGUUACGUAAUCAGAUUUUUUUUUUUCAAGUGACUAGUAAAGUAACAUUACUUUUUCAAAUAAGUAACGCAAGUUACUUUGUUUUCCCAUUUAUUGACUGACAGCUCUCCUGUCCCCAUGUUGAGAGAAAUCAGGAGUAAAUGUAUUCCUCAAAAUGAAUAAAAACAGUGAAAUGCAAACUAAGAAAUUUAUGCAAACCUUCAAUAAUUAAAUAUGUUAAAUAACACAAAUAUACUCUAUGUAUAUUUAUAAAUCUCACUUUAUUACCCAAUGUCUUUGCUGCUGACCAAUGAUCCAAUUCAACCAUACAAAUAAGCAAAAACGUUUGGUGUGAAAAGACCUUUACAUUUGCCAAAAAUAGAACUUUUUUUGUUAUUAAAAAACAAACAAGCAAGCCCAGCCCAUGAGAAAAAGUAACGCAAAAGUAACGUAAAACAUUACACAAAAAGUAACUAAUGCAAUUAGUUAUUUUUUAGGGAGAAAUGCAAUAUUGUAAUACAUUACUUGUAAAAGUAACUUCCCCCAACACUGAUGGCAUCAUUGUGAACAACACCUUCUGAAACCUUUUUUUUUUUUUUUUUUUUAAAGAGUGUAUAAGGAGAAAUAAAUGACUUCAUAAUACUUUCAUGUUUAAUGGGUUAUUUCAAUUUUUUUUUUUCUAGUGAUAAAGUAAGUUUUAGCUGUUUAAUUCAUACCGAGCUGUUUAGUUCAUAACAUUUAAUUGAAAUAAAAAAAUGUAUUAAAACAAAAUUAAUUAAAACUAAUCCCACAAAAUGAUCCAUGGUUAGAACCCGUAAGUGGUUCUAUAUAUGAAGCGACUGACAGAAUCAUUUAAGUUUCUAUAUAGAUCCUUUUCUUCUAAGUGUGAUUGAAAAUCACCUUGCUAAAGUGGUUCAUUUAUUUGCAGAUGCUUCUUGGUUUAAUAUUUUGUAUCUAAUGCAAUGGAAUUUGUGCAUUUUAAGUGUGACGUUCAAACAUUUUGGGGUCACUGUACAUGCCCGUCAGUAUUUUUUAAUGUUAAUAAUCAUCAUUUAUUGCACAAUGUAUUUGUAUAAUCAGCCUUUAGACCUAACAUCAAACUAGUCUGGGCAUCCUCCGAUAGUCAGUACAAUAUACUACAUAACCUCAUACUAUUGUUUUUCAUUAUUAUUAUAGGACUGGCUGGUAUUAUGAAACAGAUAGUGGUUCUUUCAUUUGAAUGGUGCUUGUAAUCAAAUAUCAGUUGUUUGUGAACAAAUCGUCAGCAUGUCUUUAUAUGAAUAUGACAACGGUUGAGUAGCUGUCAAUGUCUUUCACUGUAGAUGCAGAGCUACUGUAACUGUUUACUGGAAACAUAAACCUCAAAGCACAACUGACUGACCUGACAUGCAACGUUACAUGUAUCAUAGUGUGUAUGACAUGUUUUGAAGAGAGGGGCUGUGUAUUUCUUUCCAAAAUGAGAUGUUAAGGGCAAAAGUCAGUAUGAACAAGAUUUUCUAACUUUCAUAAUUACAUUGUUGAGUUGCUUGUAAUACCAGAUGUUUCAUAUCACGAGAUUUGUGUACUGUAUUGACAACAUUUUGGGUUCUUGUGGCCUGAUGGUAAAGGAACUGGGCGCAUCAUGCUCUUAAAGGAAUAGUUCACCAUUGCUCUUAACUGUAUGUCUUUAUUUUUCUCCUAGAGUGCAAAAGGAGAACUUUUGAAGAAUGCUCACGUUGCUCUUUUUCAUAUGAUUAAUAAGUUCCCCUAUUGGAAUCUGUAUUUUAGGCAUAGACUUGUGCUCUAUGUUCCAAGUUAUCUGAAGUCAUAUGACAAUUUUGUGCUUUUGUCGUAUGGAAAAGAGCAGUGUGAACAUUCUGCAGAAUAUCUUGUUUUGUGUUAAAUCAAAUCAAAUGUUUGGAAACAACAUGAGGCUGAGUAAAUGAUGACAGUUUUAAUUUUAAGGUGAACCACUCCUUUAAACAUUGCAAGAGUUUAGGGGAAGGGUUUUUUUAGCAUUUAUUUGAUGAAUUUAUGUAACACUUUCAGCUUAAUAAUUUCAGUUUGCUGUAAUCUUGUACAAUGUUCUGUUAGAUCAUCAUAUUGGCCGUGGAUCUAUCCUGCCCCCUAGUGUUUCAUGUCCUUCUGUACAUCGCAUCUCAACUCUAAGAACAGGAAAAUUGCAUUUUAUACCACUCUCUGAAAAUAUCCAUGUACAUUUGUAAUUGUAGAUUUUAGGAUAUUGAAUAUAAGCCAGCAAUGAUAGUCUGCGGCAUAAGUGUUAUAAUAAAAAAAAAAAAAUAAAUAAAUAAAAAAAAAGAUAUAGAUUUAUCACACCUUUUCCCCUCAUCUUCAUUGCUCUCUCUUUUUACAGGUGUUUUUAAGCGCUUUUUGUAACUCUUUCCUGUGUUUGGUCUCCAUAGUUCUACAUUGACUGCCUGUCCAUCAACACGUGUUUGCUGACCACAGUGUAAAUAAAUGUUUGUUAAUAAAAGUCUGCUUUUCAUCUACUGA